UCCCUGAGUCUCUAUGGUAGCGUCAGCGUCGGAGGAGGCAGUGACGGUGGCGUUUCCUUGAGGAAGAGUGAGGGUUCCAAGUUUUCUGCUGAUUUGGGAGGUGUUGGGCGCGGAUAGUCGAGAUGUCAGAGAAAAAGCAGCCGGUAGACUUAGGUCUCUUAGAGGAAGACGACGAGUUUGAAGAGUUCCCUGCCGAAGACUGGGCUGGCUUAGAUGAAGAUGAAGAUGCACAUGUCUGGGAGGAUAAUUGGGAUGAUGACAAUGUAGAGGAUGACUUCUCUAAUCAGUUACGGUAGACACAGCAUCAUCUCUACCCAUAAAAGGUGGCAUUCUGCAAGACUGAGAAGAUGCCCACCUCCAUUCCCAGAGUCCAGGCCUUCAUUAACUCACACGUGAACUACAGAAGCAUCAUCCCUAGUUCUCCUAUUAGUCACUCCUCCUCACCUGCCUCUAAUUCAUCCAUCCAUCCAGCGUGGGUCAUGUAAAGUUACAGCUGAGAAGGUACUCCCUCUCUUAAACUCAUCAGGGCUCCAUGUGGCUUCAAGAUUGAAAAUAAAAUUUCUGUGUAUGGUAUAUAAACUUAA